AUGGCUAAUCAGUCACCUUCUCUCAAGAGUCUGGCGGAGACUAUCUCCCAAACCGCGAACGCUCUCGCUGCUAAGCUUGAGCAGGAUGGUUUCCCCGCGCCCUCGUUCGCCGAGGAUGGCCUUGCCGACUACCCCAAGAUGCCAGAACUAAUGGGAAUCCGUAUGACACUCCUUGACGCCGUGGCCGACUUGCAGCGGCUUGCCUUGGGACCAAUGGACUCAAACUUCUUGGUUCCCAUUUUGCUAAACUACGAUGCUACCGCUAUUGAUAUCCUGAAUCAGUUCAACUUCUGGGACGCUAUUCCUCUGGGAGGCUCGGCGACUUACGCCGAAGUCGCCACCAAAGUAAACCUGCCAGAGAGCCUGGUUCGCCGUAUCCUCAAGUACGCCACCACCAACCGCAUCUUCGCUCCCGCGCCUGGCAAGCCGGACAGCGUUGUGCACACGUCCAUCUCAGCCGCGCCCGCCAAGAACCCUCUCCUCAGGUCUUGGAUUCGGCACAACUUUGAGGAAGCUCGACCCGGUGCUGUUCACAUGCCCGAGUCCUUCCGCAAGUUCAGCGCCGGCAAGGAGCACCCUAGCGAGGAGCCUGCAGAGAGUGGGUUUAGUACAGCCAAUGUGGACCAUCUUGACAAACCUGAGAACUUUUGGGACUACAUGGCUCGUGAUGUCGAGGGCAAGCCCAAAGGCUGGAGAGCUGAUGAGUUUUCUGCGAGCAUGAAGGCUGCUGCUUCUGCAUCGGCCAUAAAGGUUGAGGAUUUGUUGAAGACUGGCUAUGACUGGCCUAAGCUUGGAGACGUGACGGUUGUUGAUAUCGGUGGCUCGGGUGGCCACGACGCUCUUGUCCUCACUGAAGCUUUCCCCAACUUGAAAAAGUAUGUGGUGCAGGACCUCCCUGAAGUGGAGGCCUCGUUCACGGAGCGCAUUCCGGAGGACAAACGGAACCGAAUCACUUUUGAGCCGCACGAUUUCUUCAAGCCCCAGGAGACCAAGGGCGACGUUUACAUACUAAAGACCAUUCUGCACGAUUGGCCUGACAAGUACGCGGCGCAGAUCCUGAAGCACUUGGUCACACACCUCGAGUCUGGCUCACGCCUCCUCCUUGUGGAAGCCAUUGCGCCGCCGGAUAUUACCCAGCUUCCCUUCAACACGCUUGCGCGUAUGAUGGGUGCGGCUGACUUCCAGAUGCUGAAUGCCUUCAACUCGCUGGAGCGUAGCAUUGACGACUGGAAGACGCUCUUGGCAAAGGUUGACGAAAGGUUGGAGAUUACAUAUACUUCACUGGUUCCAGGGUCGCUGCAUAACUUUAUUGAGAUCCAGAUCCGUGCCUAA